GCGCAUGCGCACAGAGCAUCGAAAUGGCGGCCAGGUCCUACGAAAAGUACUGAGAUCUGCUUCAAUUUCGACAAAUUUGCCAAGGUUUGAGCCUCAGUGAGUGUUGUGCAGUAUUGUAUCAGUGUUCUGGAACCGCAGUGGCCGAUGAUCAGCAUGGGCAGGACUGCGCUGAAAGAUGGGAAAGACAGCAAGAAGGAGAAGGCAGGCAGGAGUACUCCUGUCAACACAGGUCCUGCACCAGUGAAAGCCCCCGAGUCUUUCUCAUGGGAGGAAUAUCUGAAGGAGACAUCGUCUACACCUGCCCCUGCCAGCUGCUUCAGACAGUCUCGCAUCCCUCCCUCAAACGACUUCAAGGCUGGGAUGAAGCUGGAGGCUCGCGACCCUCGGAACUCCACCUCCGUCUGCAUCGCCACGGUGAUGGGCAUGACGGGCAUCAGGCUCCGCCUGCGCCUCGAUGGUAGUGACAACACCAACGACUUCUGGAGAUUGGUCGACUCCUUAGACAUCCAGCCAAUAGGAACCUGUGAGAAGAAUGGAGACAUGCUGCAGCCUCCUCUAGGUUUCAGGAUGAAUGCCUCCUCAUGGCCCAUGUUCUUGCUGAGGACAUUGAAUGGGGCAGAAAUAGCCCCAGGUUCAGCAUUCAAGAAGGAACCUCCGAGGCCUCCUCAGAAUGGAUUUAAGCCAGGCAUGAAGCUAGAAGCAGUGGAUAAAAAGAACCCGUACCUCAUCUGCCCCGCCACCAUUGGGGAAGUGAAGGGUGACGAGGUCUUCGUGAUGUUUGAUGGCUGGAGGGGGGCAUUUGAUUACUGGUGCCGUUACGACUCCAGAGACAUCUUUCCUGUGGGCUGGUGUGCAGUGACCAAACACAGCCUGCAGCCACCCGGAAACAGUAUCACUCUCCCGAAGCCGCUGCCUGCCCCUUCCUCCUCCUUCUCCUCUUCCUCACCGUCCAAGCCCACCCGCCGCUCCAUGCAGUCUUCAUACCGCUUGCCCACGCCCCUGCCCCCGCUGCCCGUAAGGAAGGGGGUGAGGGGCCGGCGACCCAAGAGCGAGACCAUCGCCCUCUUGAAGGCUCUCGCGGCAUCUGCUGCCGCCGCCCAGAACGCAGCCGGACCUCAGCUGGAUACGGCCGAGCCCACAUCACCGCUCACCCCGCGGCCACACAAGAAGAGAGGACCCAAACCAGGGAGCAAGCGGAAGCCCAAGAUCCUGCAGAGCCCCCUGUCAGCAUCAGCAGGGUCAGACUCCAGACUGCCCCUGACCCAGCAGCUCAGAGACGGCAUGUCCCCGCUGAGCUCCCCCUCCUCCGUGGUGUCCACUGUGUGUGUGUAUGUGAAUAAACACGGGAACUGUGGGCCCCACCUGGACCGUAAGCAGGUGCAGCGACUGCCGGAUCAUUUCGGGCCAGAGGCGGUGAACCUGGUGCUGCAGCAGACAGUGCAGGCAUGUCUGGACUGCGCCUAUCAGCCCAAAGUGCUGCUGGGCUGCCUGCAGAACCAGCCCGAAGGCGGAGAGGUCGUCCGAGUGCGUACGGAUGGUGGAACACGGAUGGUGAAGCUGCCGUCUGCGUCCAGCGCUGCGUUCGUCCUGCGUUUCCUGGAGAUGGUGUGUCGGCACCUGCAGUGUGACAACCUGUUCAGUAGCCAGCCCUUCAGCCCCUGCAGCAGCUACGAGCGCAGCAAGUCAGUGAAAGAGGAGUUGUCGGAGGCUCCAGCACUGAACAGAGGAGUGAAGAGAAUCUCCAGAGACUCUCCGCCAUACUCCGCUCCCCUCUCACCCAAAUUACUGCGUACAGAUACACACCCCUCAGAAGCUGAGACUCUGCCUCCAGAAGAGAACGGUUUAUUGAAGGAGCAGCGCUUCAUGGACUCCGCCUCUAACUCCAUGACGCCCCGUCCACAGACCCUAAGAAGCACAUCAGAAUACCAGUCCCAGCCUAGCAGUCCGUAUUACCACGGCAACGGUCCUCCUCUGCGUCGCCAUGCCUCCAACCCCACUGCACGCACCCACAGAAGAGUAGAAGCGAGCUCCACUACAGGUCCUGAUGCAGCAGCAGCAGCAGAGUGUGAAACUCCCAGAAGCACCAGCAGCAGAAGCCCUUCUUCAUGGUCUAUAGAGGAAGUGAUGCAGUUUGUACGAGACGCAGACCCCACAGCCUUGGCCCCUCAUGCAGAGCUCUUCAGAAAACAUGAGAUAGACGGGAAAGCUCUGAUGCUGCUGAGGAGCGACAUGGUGAUGAAGUACAUGGGCCUGAAGCUCGGCCCCGCUCUCAAACUCUGCUACCACAUCGAGAGACUCAAACAGGGCAAACAAUGAAGACUUACAGUGCUGGAUUACAUACAGUCAGUGCUGGAUUAUAUAGAGAGUACUGGAUUAUACAUGCAGUACCGAACAUUGCACAGUACUGGAUUAGGUUUGCAGUACUGGAUUAGACUGACAGUAUUGGGUUCAAUUAUGUAGUACUGGAUUAAAUACAUGCAGCGCUGGAUUCUAUACGUAAACAGGUCUGGGAUAAAGACGCAGUGCUGGGUCAGAUCAGAGGUACUGGAAUAGAUUUGCAGUACUGGAUGAGUGACUCAGUACUGAACUAAACACAUCACGCGUGUGUACUGCUUUUCAUCCAAACUACCAAACAGUGCUGCAGCCAGACAAAGAGGGGCUUCUCACUGGGGGCUUUUGAGCACUAACAGACUCCACGUGCACAUCAGGAGGAGGAAACUUCAGGAGGAUAAAGCGUGCAGACCCAACAGACUGACCGUUAAUGCAGUGUACAGAGAGCCACACAGCUAUGGAGAGAAGGAUGGAGGGCAAAAAGGAGAGAAAAGGGUCCUAGGCAGCAAUAAUGUCCUGCACACACUACCUACCACUAGAGCUGAGCGGAGACUGAACUAAAGGAAGGAAUGGAGUGAUGGUGAAAUGGACAAAUGCCCCUCCCUUAUGCGUAUCAGUAUAUUGUCACUAUCAAAUCAAAAUCUUUUGUUUUAAUUUAUUUAUAUAAUUCAAAAAUUUCAGCCAGUAUUGGGGCGCUUAAAUACUGUACCAACAUGUUUCUUUAUCUGUUAAAGUCACAACUUUUUAAUUAUAAGGUUUAGUUAUGGCAGUGACAAUAUACAGCCCAUUCUCUCUCCUUUUCUUGUUCCUUCUCUUUCCCCUAAACUUUUUCUAAGGUUUUCAUACUUUAGCCAUUCACAGAAAGUGUUUUUAAAUGAGAGUGUUUAAAGCAAGUGUUUGUUUUGGCUCUAAGUUAAGAGGAAGAUCGAUUAAACAUUUGUUUUUUUUUUGUCUCCCAAAGAUUUUUAGCUGUUAUUGGGAUCACUGCUGUGGGCGAUAUUGGAGAACAGGUGUGAUGUUCUGGCGUGUUUAGCUUUUCAUCUCCCUACCUCCUCUCUGUAACGCAGAAUCAGUCAUUUGAGUUCACUGGCGUUUUGAGUUUGUAUGAAAACAAAAUGGCACUGUUCAUUUUUUCCAUCUCAUUUUUCUUUUAUUGUUCUUUGGGAUACAAUCGAGUUGCUGUGCAUUGAUACAGUUUUAGGUCUCUUACAUGAGGCAAACGUUUAAUCACCAUUGCCCCCAAAGCAGCUAAGCAGCUUACCAAAUAGUGAAGUUACGUAAAUCAAAUGUAAAUGUAUUUUGAUAGUAAAUACAUAAUUGAAUGAUUGACUGGGACAAUGAAGUUGCAGGCGUAAACAAUAUUUAACCAAAACAACAAACUGGUGUAGUUUUCAGGACCAUCUGAAUUCUGAGACUCCUUAAUGUGUAUAUAAAUAAAUACAUUCAGAUUGAAAGUCACAGACAGAAGAACAGCUCGUGUUGGUCACAGUGUUCAUCUACAGAAAGCUCUAAAGCCCCUGUAGGGAAAGUGGUUAUAAUUUUCUAUUAUAAUUCUAUGAAACAAGUGUCUCUUCUGAUUUUAUUCUCCCUCAGUUUUGUUCAUUCCUUGAUGCCUGAUGAGGCACGACCACUGUUUCUAAUGUUCGUCUACUUGCCCCGUUCUUGAUGAAGCUUUUGUUAUUUAUUUUGGUGUCAUGAAUGGUGUUGCCAUUUAGCUGUCAAAUGUCAGUAACGCUUAUUAGAGCAUUCUGAAGCUUUGUUACCAUUUUUUUUUCCGGUUAACGUCCUUAUCUUUGGGAAAGUUUGUGCUCUGCUGGUAAUGGAAACUUCUUGUUGAAAUAGUCAGUGUCAUUUGUUAUGGUGAAAUCUUGCUAUGGUCAAGGAUUUGCAUGGAUAUCUUUCAUAAUGUAUAUUCUUAUUCUGUGUGUAGACAGUGCUUUUUUUUUGUUUUUUUUUGGCAGUAUAAUUGCGAUGCUGCUUGAGUGUUGUUUUGAUACAGUCCAUUCUGCAGGUUCAAAUCCUGCAGUUAUUUUCAACCCUUGAACAAUGAGAACUGCUUCGUCAUGCCACAUUUCAAAGGGAUGGGUUCAUACAUAUAUAUAUAUAUAUAUAUAUAUAUAUAUAGAGGUGUCAUAGAGCGUCAUGGAGAUGGAGAUGUGGUAUCGUGAACACCAGCGAGAAACAAUCCGCUGCUCAGACUCCUCCAGCUUUGGCUUUAAGUCACAUAAGAAUCGUCAUUGUCUUCAUAGAUGGGACAGAGUUCAUCAGUGUAUUAUGGGUUUCACCAUAAAACGCAGCAACAGGAAUGUACAUUUUUUUGUAGAAAAGAAAUAUUUUAAACUAAACCUAUUGUAUAUGAAAGUAGAAAAUGUGAAGGUUUGCUUUGGGAUGGGAUGGGGUGGGGUGGGAUUGGGGCGGGGGGGCGGUGUUGUCAGAAGUCUAUCUUGUACUGCCUUCCAAUACUUUAUACUGCGCUUAUAAAAAUAUGUCCAUUCUGAAUGACUACAUUGAAAUUGCCUUGCUUUACUUUUGAGAUUUCUCAGGUUUAGUAGACUUUGUUUGAACUAGACUUUUGUAACGUAGCAUUUCUGCUUAAACUUGGCAGUUUUCACUUUUUAGGCUCUGUUUUUGUGUUUUCUCUUUUUUUUUCAUUU